GGGGACUGCUCACUCCCUUUCAGCACAUUUAUGUAUUCAUCCACAUAGCAAGAAAAGUAAAAACUAUCAGCCGUUCAUCAAAAGCAAAGUAUUUGCAACCGAAAGGGUACACCAGAUGAACAUUAUUAAAGUUACAUUAUUAAUAAAACCAUUGCAGGUGGUUUUGUGAAAGCAGCUAAAGGAUAUUUUUAAUUACUUUUAUGGCCGUGAAUAGUCUUGACCUACCAGAACAUAAACAUCUGUUCCACCUUAUCUUUGGCUAAGACUGGAUGCUUAUGUCUUUCUAUGUACUUUACAAUCUUUACAAAUGUCGUGGCAAAGUCACUGAAGCUCAGCCUGUCAUAGGUGGUGUGCAUCUUUCACGUUUCUGGAAGCAAAAUUAUGUGACUAGGAAUAUGCUCUCAGAGUUGGACAGUGACCUAGUUUCGUAUAAUAACACAGCAUCACAUGUAAAGUGCUGCAGCUUGUACUUAUCCAGAGCUGAGGAUAUGGCACAGAACGGAUGCUUGAGUCCAACCUUAAAUGGAGGAUAUGUGCAUAGCCAAAAAGAGAAGGAAGGUAUAGAGAUAACAGAAUUUGCACCUCGUACUGAAGAGUGUGAAAUGAGCCUACCCAUUACGGAUGAAAUGACUGACAAGUCUGUUGACUGUUUAGACAGAGAUGUGGAUAGCCUUCUACCUGCAGACAAGGGCUCUCAUGACUCAAAAUCCAUAGACAGUUCUUUGGAUGAUCCAGUGUCUCAUCAGGAAGAAGACACCGAUUCUGACCAGUCGGAUGAAAAAAUAAUUACUCUUUCAGAGGAAGAUUUGUUUGCAGGUGAAGGAUCUUCGGAUUUAGUUAUCACAAAUGUCUGUUCUGUUAAAGACAACAGAGGCAGUGCCAUUCAUGAUAACCCAAGGAAUGUAGGUGCUACGUGCUCCGUUGCUUUGGACACAGUAGUAGUAAGCAGUGAUGAGUCAAAUGACAGAACUCAUGGUGAAAUACUUUCUGAUGCUAGAAAGACUAGUACCAAUGGCACUUCCAAGUUUCCAUCAUCAUCAGAUGUUUUAAAUUUCAGACAAGCUACUUUGAAAAAGACAACCAGCCACAGUGAGAUGGCAGAUAAAGAAUUAUCCUCAGUUGAUAAAUCUUUUAUAAAAUUGCCUGGAGCUUCUGCUAGCAUAGAUCAAAAAUCAUCUUGUUUGCUAGAAAAUUGUGUGUCAACAAACAUGUCAUGGUCAGCUAAGUCCCCAGCCACUGCUUCAGAGUGUACUAAUGGAGCUAAUUCGGAAAAAUGCAAAGUCCUAUCUUCAGAAAGUACACCUACCAGAAUGGCUUCUAGGCUUUUUGAAAGAAUCUCUUCUCCAAAAGAAAAGCAUGAGAGAUGGGGAUCAUUACAAAAGGAAGUGUGAUGGAUCUUCACCAUCUUUGCGUAUGUCUGAAGAAGGAGCCACUUUAGGAUCCUUUGCAGAAGUGAAGAGACCUAAAGCUGCAAUGCUGGCAUCUGCAGUGAGCAAUGAGCAUGCUGAAUGGCUUGGAAAUGGGAAGAGUAAAGAAAGUGCUCUCUGCAGCAGUGGCUCUACUUCAUCAGUUGUUUCAAAGGUAUUUUCUGAUUUGCCAUUUGCAAAACGUGUGCUUAAUGGAGAAGAAAAUAAGCUUGGGGACUCAGGUAAACAUCUAGGGAAAAAGAGAAAAGUGGGUGAAUUGCCAAACCAAUCACCAACUAGCUGUGGAAAUAUUAAGAGGAGUGAUGUUACCAUCUUGUCAGAUGUUUCAAGGCUGAUUGAAAAAGAAAAAUCUGGUGGUUUUGUUAAUAUUGGUUCGGUAUCAGACUCUUCAGUACCCUCAUGUAGUACUGGCAAUUCUGGAAAGCAGCAAACAGCUAGGAAAAAGGUCACCAAAUCAUCUCUUAACAGCAAAGUUGGCAUGAUGCAAGCAUCUUCAAAGAGUCAGCCUUUGCGAAUACUGCCUAGAGUCUUACCUGCACCAGCACAUGCAGAUUCAAACAGCAGUUUAAUGGUGGUACAUGUGAGAGACUCUAAUAUAGCUAAUGAAAGAAAAGAAAACACAACUAUAAGCUCAGCAGCUAUGCCAACUGCUACAUUCACCACAUUAGGAAGUGUCUCAGCACUAGGGACAAAUAGCUCUGCUGAGCAUUUUCUGUCUAUAUGUGGUCACUUAGUUAAUAUGGAGGAUUUUAAAAAGCUAAUCGACACUAACAUUAAAAAUGUUCCACAGAUUAUUCAGGUACCUCUGCCUGAUGGAACCUCUCGUUCAUUUACUGUUAUUUUUUCCCCAAAAAUUCAAACCCCAGAGACUAAUCAUACCACACAGGAGGGAAUAACUCCAGGAAAGCCAUCUCCAGCAAGUAGCACCAAUGCAUCUUCCAUUCCAGGAAAUAUCACUUUAUCACAUAGUGUACGUUCUUCUUUACCAAGCACCUUUCUUUUAGCUUCUCUGCCUUUACAAACAGUUGUGCCAGCAGUUUCAGCUCCUGCAGCAACAAAAACAGUUACAUCACAGGGGACAAAGCAUUCUGCGAUACUCCCAACCAUUUUCUCAAAGUCUUUGUCUCAUCCAAAGGGUGUUCCAAUGUCUUUUUCAAAAAAGACAACUGCACAGACAUCACAAUUCCGGAAGAUACAACCCAGGAUCCUUAGAAAAGCAGCCCCCAAGCAGAAUGGGACAAUGGCACCAGCUGCCGUAUCGUCAAAUUUGGAAGAUUCUGUUGCAAAGGAUAUAGAGUCUGACGUGACCAUUGAGGAUGUUUCAGUCUUGCUGCAGCGCACUAAUCCCAUUGCAACCUAUAUCUACGACCCAGGACAUCAGAUAUCCCACAUCCAAUCUUGCAUAGAAUGUGGAGACUCUUUCUCCACAGCUGCUGGCUAUACUAGCCACAUGAAUCGGAUGAGCAUCGUGAUCCGAUAUGCCUGUCGCUUCUGCUCUCUGGCAAUGGCUUUCUUCAACAAGUGUGCCUUUAUGUCUCAUCUACGCUUGCAUGCAGAUGCAGGGCAAAAUGAAGAGGACAGUGCAGCCUUCAAUCCCAAGAGCCACACCAUUUCUGUUUCCUCCCUGCCUAGCUUUCUGUUGCCUGCAGUUGGACCACAUGUCUUUGGUCCCACUGUCGAUGACCUGAAUGCGCCUAUUGACUGCUCAGAGUGUGGGUUAUCUUUACAGAAUGCAGAUCUACUUGCUGUGCACUUUGGUGCAAAUGUGCAGCAAUGCAACUUUCUGCAUACUUGCCAGUUUUGUGACAUGGAGCUUCCAAGUUCAUGUGCUUUAAAAGCCCAUCUUCGCCUACAUGACAACAACAGAUUGGUGCAUGCCAGGCCUCACUACGUCUGUCCUGAAUGCGGACUUUCUUUUCCUGCUCAAGCAUCUUUGUACCAGCAUCUGCUCUCAGCAUGCGUACACUUUUCACGCCUUGUUUGCCUUAAGUGCAAAAUAUGUGCAGAGAUUUUCUCUUCACAGUAUUCAAUGCGCUGCCAUCUUCUGCAACAUCAUAUUGAAGAGGCAGACCAUGAAGAGGAGCAUGUAUCUGCACGGUACAUCUUUGCCUGUAAUUUGUGCAAAGAUGUAGUGUGCCAUUUCCCAACUAAGGAUUGUCUUCGUAAACACUUCUCAAGCAUACAAAAUUGCUAUAGGUAUAAGUGUGUGAUUUGUUCCGCUGGUUUCAUCUUGCUGUCAGAACUGUGCCAGCAUAUAAACAUGAGACAUUCUUUGCACAGUGGCCCAUCAGAACAGGAGAAUACAAAUAGUACUAAGUUUAGGCCUGAUGCUUGCCUUCCUUUCAACAUGUGGCAAGUAGUUCGUCAGUCUUCAAUUGACGUGACCGUCAGCAAAUUGCUAGAUGUCAGAUUUACUCCAGGUGAUGAGGAUUCAUACAGAGUAUUGAACAUUUGGAAGAGUUUUCGAAAAAAGACAAAGUCCCCCAAAAACAUCAGAGUGGAUGCAUUUUUCUGCCCUUUUUGUGGCUUCACACCCUCUUCUAUUGCAUUAAUAAAGCAGCAUUUAAACUAUCAUCGAGUUUGGAAUAAACCUGUUUGCCAGAUAUGCUGGCGUGGGCAUUUCUUUACCAAAGUAGAUUUUCAAUAUCACAGUGAGCUUCACACCAGCAAAAGGACCUCCAACAUGAGAAGACAGAAUGGCAUCUCUCAAGAAGACUCCACAAUUUCAGAAGCUUCAUCAAGUCUUGUAAAGAUUUUAUCCUCAAACCCCAUCCUGGAUACAAGUCAGCCAGCAGUACUAAGUCAUAGUAGCAGUAAAUCGGAUGAGAGUAGCAGCUCCUCAAGUCUGUGUGACAAUGUGUCAUUAUCAUCAGAUGAUGAUGAGGAGGAGGAGGAUGGAGAAUGUGCAGGAAGAAGAUUGUUGAAGCUUCCACCUUUAUUAUUUGACCAUGACAGUGAAGAUCAGUCAUCCAGCAAGCCAUUCCACACCUGUCAUCUUUGUGGUUUAACCUACAGAUCUCAGGAGAUGCUCAGAAAUCAUUAUAGUCAUGCACACAUUGGCCAUAAGAAUGUUUUUGUCUGCUUGGUUUGUCGAAAGAGAAAAAAAGAGCGACCCUUCCCCAAGAAAGAUCUUCUUGUAAAACAUUGUAUUCGGAAGCAUCGUCUCUCAGCAAAAGAAGCAGAGAGAAUGGUUAGCAAGGAAGCAAUUCAACCACUUAUGCUUAUGCCAGGAGAGCUUUUUCCAGUUCCUGGUCAACAGCAGCAGUCACAAAACUCUGCUGCUAGGUCCAGUGCAGGCAGCAGAGAGACAGCUCCAGUCAAACGCUUACGUGUGACAGGAGAUACAAGGCAGGACUUCAUCUGUGCUAAGUGCAGUUUUUCUACUGGCAUUAUGGCAGAAUUUCGGUCCCAUAUUAUUACACACACAGUAUCAAACUGUGUGCAGUGUUUAGAGUGUGGUCUGUCAUUCAGUGUUUUGACUUCACUGAAGAAACAUCUGUUCAUGGUGCAUCGUAUCCUGCAGCCAGACAGGUAUGUUGAGGAAAAUCAGAUCAGGAUGACUGAGCCAUCAGAGGAAGUGUCCACCCAUCUGAACCUUUUCCAAAGCUUUCAUCAAAAGGAACUUCACAACUUGAACCCUGAAAUGUUUCACGAAGCCAUGGACAGGCCAGAGGUAACAGAGCCUCAGAAGAGUGAGAAUCCAUUGGAAUGUACAGUUUGUUACCGUGGGUUUGAAUGUGAGAGUCAGUUAAAGACACACAUGAGAACACAUGGCAUGGCUUUCAUACGAUCCCGACGAACCAGAAAGAAAGAGCACAACAGCAGAAAUGAAGAGGAGACAAAAGUUAGUGAAGCUUUGGCAGACAGCAAGGUCACUAUCUAGAUGUCAGCAGCAGCUGAAUGUCUUCUGCAUACCUUUACUCUUUGAUUCUGCUAUGCUGUUUAUUUCUAGCUUCAUCAAAACUUCCUGAAAAAAUUUGCAGGAAUUGAAUAUAACUUGGCAGUGCGUGUGUGUGUUUAUUUGUAUAUACACGUGCACACACAUCUGCAUAUUCAUACUUGCAUAUAGAUUUCCAAUUUUAUUUUCUCAGUUUCUGUUUAUGGCACUGCCAGGUAUCAGGGAAGAAUGUAUAGUUCUUGCUUAUGUUUUUAAAGUGAUGAAUUAGAGAAAAGCUAAUGACAUGUGCCUUUAUAAACAUUCUUACUUUGGGUGUACUUUUGACAUCCACAAUUGUCAGCAUCCUUGCUUAAACGACUCUGGCAAAGAACAUGUCUAUGCAUCUUGGCUUUUACAGUUACAUAAAACAUGAAGAAACUUUUUAUUGGUACUGAUACCAGAUACAGAUUGCCUUUUCUGUUGACUAUUUGGCAGUGUCAUGCACAAAUCUGUGUGAUUUUUUCAGAAUAUCUUUUACAUCUUAGUUCUCAUUUUUUGCACCAUAGUUUAACAGCUUCAGUGCAUUGCAGUGGAGAAUAAUACAAAGGGAAGAAUCUCAUACUUUAAUCAUGGGCUGUUUUUCUCUUAGAAUCCUCUCCCUUGACCAUUUUUUUCCUCAUCUUUCUGGUUUUUCCUAUUUGGCUAUUUGAUUGUAAAGGAAAAUAAAGUGCACGAGAGCCUCACUGGAGAGAAUGCAUGAGAUGCUUCGGUGUACAAAGCAGGAAAUAAAUCCUAGUAGAUGCAUCUUCAUACUUCUCAUUUGUGAACUACUGAUGUAUUUUGUGCUUUGUUGGUAGAAAUUUUAUAUGAAAAUCACUAUUAUUGACAUUUUUUUUAAUGUAUUGCUGCUGAAAAAAAAAUUAAGGAAAAGCUCAUUGUUACACGAAUCAUUGAGUAUUUUAUGAAAUGUUCUUUAAUAUUUGAGUUAGUUAUAAUUGUUUCUUUUGCGGGUUUGUAGGUGUUUGAAUUUAAUGUGCGUUAGUGCAAAGUACCUACAAUGUUACCGAGGCGUAUGCAUAAUCAAGCCAGGUGUAAAAGAGAUCAGCUGCUGUUGUACAUCACCAUACAAUGUGCACAAUAUCUUACUAAGCAUCAUGUGAAUAAGUAACACUUGGUUGUAGUUGAUGGAUAUGUAUUCUCAUAUUUCUUCAUACUUAUAUCAAAAAUGCGUGAGAAUAUUUUGUUUCAAAGUUUGCAGAUAUGGGAGUUUUCCCAUCAGUUGACAUGAAUUCCUUUAGCUUUUUGUUGUUCUGUAAGCAGGGCACCAGAUGCUACCUGAAUAGUUAACACAAAGCCAUCGGCUAAAAUGAUCAUAAUUUAUAAGCAUUUUAUUUACUUCUUUUUAACCAUCUAACUAGCAGUAAUUCCAGCAACAUGCUGUGCACAUAGCAAUAGGUUUGAAGCUUGGAACUUGUAGAUGAGUAUCAUGCAAAUUUCUGAAGUGAAGUCUGAGGUAUCAGAACAUGUAAAGAAUGAAGAAACUGGAUGUUUUAAGCUAGAUCUAGCUAUUAUAUAUCAUGUGAAAUUAAUAUAGUUUAUGAUACUCACAUAUGUUAACCUAGUAAUGUCAAGAAUACUUUUAUGUUUAGAUCCUUUCUCCCUUCUAAAUUGGAUCUUAGUCUUUUUAACAGCAUGCUGCUGACUGCUUAUGUAUGUUGUUUAGUGUGAGAUGUCUCCAGUCAAGAAAAGGGUAGUCCAUUGGCAUAAAAGUUAGCACCUGUCACCAGUACAUUAAGAGUUGGUUGACCUGAGUUCAGCUCAUCUUCUUGAGCACACUGUUUUUCCUCUACAUGUGCCAUCUGUUUACAGGGCUGGCUGCCUUGCUGUGAUAUAGCCUUAGUUGCUGGCUCAGCAUAAAACACCAAUGCCCACCACCACUACCUUCAGUCAAGAAAAAGGUUUUAUUCCUCUUGAUCAACCACUUAAUAUGAUAGUGUGUUUUCUCAGACUUUGUUUUUUUUUUCUUUUUGCAGGGGUAGGUCAGGAUAGAGUCCCUUCAUCAACAUAUUAAGCACCAGCAUUGCCAAAUGGUCUGAUACUUUGAUUCUAAUUUGUGAAUUCAGAAUGCCUGCCAUUACAAUGAGAGUACAGUAUUAUGAUUGUGGUAUGUUCAGUGUAUGAAGGAAUUUCCUGGAGUUUUCUUAUAGAUUUAUUGCACUUCAUAUGUUGCAUGGGACCCAUAUAUCAAUGAUUGUCCUUAAUCUGCAUAAAUUGUGCUGUUGAUUUAGCUUAAGCAUUAAAGUUUCAUUUUUUUUUAAAUCAUUUUUUUCAGGACUAUUGCCAUUAAUUCUUUCAAGAUUCCUCCUUUUUCCUGCUCACAUAUGCUGUUCUCAUUUCCCACCUUAAACCUUUCAUCUGCUUCUGCCAGUUUGCAACAAAAAUCGGCAUGCAAAGUGCUCAUCAGUGUUGUGGGCAGAAUGAAUUAUUAUAAAGAGAUAUUUCCUUUUGCUGGCAUGUUUUCAAAAGUGCAGUGAAUAUUAACACAAGUCAAUGCUAAAAACAAUACAUAGUGCAAUACUAUGUUUCUUUUUUAUUAGAGACUAUAACGUGAAUGUCAUCAAGCAUUCGGGACAUCUUGCCAACAAUUUCAAUAGCUAUGCAGGUAGAAAAUGUUUUAAAUCAUGUGGAGUCACAAUCCAUUAAUGCUUGUGUCCUCUUUUCAUGUACAAGGAUACCAAUAAAAUUUUGCUCAACAGGUUUGUGGACAAGGAGAAUAAAUACAUGCAUAUAAAUAAAAAUCUGGUGUGAUUUGGUUUUCUGGGAUUGUCUCAGUCAGCCUGACAAUUUUAUAAUGGCUGAAUUUUGCAAACAGAAGAAUCAAAACUAGCAGAAAGUGCAAGUUAUUGACUUUAUUUUCAUACUUUCUAAUACAGUUCUAAAAUCAAAUUGUUUACAACUUCAUGCACACUAUGUAUGCAUACAUGUGAACAAAAAUAAAUAUGCCAUGUUUAAGUAACUGUACAAUUGAAAUUGGUGCUGUCAUCAUUUAAAGCUAAGUUAUGCUUUUUUCUCUACCAGUUAUUUCAUUUUUCUUUAAUUACAAAACCACUUUGAAACAAAUAAUGACCACAACCAUAUAUGUUUACAUUUCAUUUGCUUAUUAACUUGCAUCAUACCAUUCACAUCUCACAAAGCGGCAUGUAGCUUACCAAAAGAGAUUCAAAAUUAUGCAAAGACAGUUUUGUGCCAUCUUUUUUGCACAUAAAUAUUUAGUUGCCAAAACAGUGCAAGGGACCUGGAACGCACUUGUUUAGAAAAAAUAAAAUGGGCAAGAUGUUGGUAAUGAUUGUGUAAACCAUUUAAUGCUGAAGUAUCAAGUGUGCAAAUUUCGAUUAUGCAUGAUUUUAAACGAAAACUUUGUGUAUGUGUUCACAUGUUCAUUGAUGUUUGUAGCUCCAAAAUAAUUCAUCCACUCAUUUGCACACAUGCAUCCAAAGAGCUAUGUACAUCUGGAAAAAAAAAUUGCUUUGGUUAUUCUAUCACAUAACUUGACACAAAAAGUGCAUGGGCUUCUUUAAACUUGAAAAGUAUUUUGGAAUUCUCUUUGAUCCUAUCAAAAUCCUAAACUUUCUUCACUAGAUGUGUGGCAAAAAUGGAUAUAUUGUUUAAUAAGUGGAUAUGUUGCUGUUUAAUACAUUAAAAAUAAUGGUAAAACUAAAAAUCGUAUCUCCUGCUCAGCAAAAGUAGCACCAGUCAGAGCUAUGUCCAUGCUGAGCAGCUAGAGUACAUAAUUUUCAUAAUAUAAACAUGCAUGUACAAAAAUAUUACU